AUGUUAGAAGAGAAGCCAAGAAAAGAAGGAGGAGAAGAAGAAGAAGAAGAACCUAAUAGAGCCGAUUGUGAAGAUGGUGCUGAAGAAGAACCUAAAAUGCCAGAUGGGGAAGAUGGUGAUGGAGCAUCUCAGAAUGAUGAAGAAGAUAAUUCUAUUCGACCAGACACAGAAGCCUAUUAUGGUGGAGAUGAUGAAUGCACAGCUGAUGAAGAUACUCAGAAAUCUUAUGGAGUUGGGUUAGAUACAGUGGGAGGUGAAGAGAAUGUUGAGGAAACUAAGGAUGUUGAAGAUACACAAAUUACAGAAGUUCUUACAGAUGUUAUUGGGGAUGAUGAAGAUACCCUAGUUCUAGACAUUGGCCAAGAAUCAGCAAAAAGAGAGGUUCCAUCUCCAUCUCCUAGUUCCAGGUAUCUUCAUCUCCAAGCUCUAGACAUUGGCGAAGAAUCAGCAAAAACACAGGUUGCAUGUCCUCCAUCUCCUAGUUCCAGAAAUCUUCAUCUCCAAGCUCUAGACAUUGGCGAAAAAUCAGCAAAAACACAGGUUGCAUCUCCUCCAUCUGCUAGUUCUAGACAUCUUCAUCUCCAAGCUCUAGAAAUUGGCGAAGAAUCAGUUGCAUCUCCAUCUCCUAGUUCUAGACAUCUUCAUCUCCAAGUUCUAGACAUUGACAAAGAAUCACCAAAAACACAGGUUGCAUCUCCUCCAUCUGCUCUAGUUUUAUGUACUCCGAAUUUCAAUCUGGUUUCUGAAGAAAGCAUCGAAAAUAAGGAAGAUAAGGGAGUUGCUGAUGGAAUAUCAGAUUUCCAGUGUUUGCAGAAAAAGAAGAAAAGAGUUGAAGAAGCAAGUACAGAGGGGGUGGAAACAAAUGCGCCAAUUGCUAAGAAGAAGAAGCUGAGACGAAAUGAAGAGCAUCCUUUUGAACCAAGAAGAAGUGGGAGAGAACAGAUACCUUCGAUUCAUACUCAGCCACCUUUCACGGCAGAAAGGAAAAAGCAUCCAAUCUUUCAUCCUUUUUCAAAAGUUCAAACGAUUCGAUUGGAAAAGUUUGAUCAAUGGAAGAAACUAAAAAAAGCCAAGUUGCCUUUAGUCACUGGAGUUACAGUUGAUAAAUCUUGGUUUGAAGAUCUGGAGAAGCCAGGGAUGAAGAUUUCGAGCCAUCAUAUGGAAGCAGGUGUACAACUGCUUAGACUGAGAAAGGAAAACAAUCCAGAACUGUUCUUGAACAGGAGAGCCAUAAUUCUUGGAGUGAAGUUUCUCAAAGAUAUUGAUGACUCCUACUUUGAAUUCGUUUCUGACAAAGAAGGUUAUCAAUUUGAGACCGAGAUGGAUGGAUUGGAUGAAUUCAUCAGCGGUGGAAUACUCUAUGCUCUUAGGAAAGUUCGUAAAUAUCUUUGGAUUGGAUUGCUUUUCGAUUUGGAGAAGAGAAAGCUCCAUGUUCUGAACUGUGCGGCUGCUACUUUCAGCAAGGAAAUGCUACAGCCCUAUGUGGAUGCCUAUGCAGCUGUCAUUCCUUACAUCAUCUGGAAGAUCAGCAAAGACAGCACAAUAGAUGUCAGGCCCUUCAAAAUUGAAAUUGACUCUAAAGAUUUGCCACAGGUCUUUUGGAGCAUUCUGGAGCAUAUGGGACAUGAGGAGCAUGGAGGGACUUGGCACAUGGAAGCAGCUCAACUGGAUACGCAAAGGAAGAAGGGAGAAGCCAUCUUGAAGACCAGCUCGACCGUCCACUCGACCAACCGGUCGAGUUCCUCAACUCGACCGGCCAAGCUUCAACUCGAUCGAGCUGGGGAGUCAAAGUCAAACCCGAAAAAUGUUGCUUCCCCCUUGACUUUCCUUUGA